AUGGCUGGUAUUGUACCUGUCGCGAAGUCUCUCAAAGACAUCUACACAGAAGAUGCUUUGGCGGCGCAAACCGUUAGAUGGGAUAAUCUUCUAAAGCAAUUCAAGAGCAAUUACGGGCACGAUGCGCAGUUUGUUUCGCGAUCCCCGGGUCGUGUCAACAUUAUUGGCGAGCAUAUCGAUUACUCUUUAUACUCUGUCCUACCUAUGGCAAUAACUGCAGAUGCCUUACUUGCAGUUUCCACCCAGACCGACGAAUCCGACUCGACUAGUACAACAUUCAAGGUGCGCGUCUCCAACGUGCAAGCAGAUAAAUUUCCUGCACAUGAAUUCGAUAUACCAUUUGAUGCUGUGGAGAUUGAUUCUAAGGUACACGAGUGGACAAAUUACUUGAAGUCGGGACUUCGGGGAGCUUUGGAGAUUUUAAGAAAGAAACAUGGAGACGGUUUCAGACCUAAAAGUAUGGAAGUCUUGAUGGAUGGAACUGUACCUGCAGGUGGUGGAUUGAGUAGUUCCGCAGCUUUCACUACAGCUUCUGCUCUUGCAGUCAUGUUUGCAAAUGGAGAGCAAUCGGUUGAUAAGACACAACUUACGGAAUUGGCAAUUGUUAGUGAAAGAGCAGUAGGAGUCAACUCAGGGGGAAUGGAUCAAUCCGCUUCGGUUUUCUCUAUUCGUGGCUCCGCAUUAUACGUUUCCUUUAAUCCAACCUUGACAGCAAAACCAGUUCAUUUCCCAAAAACAAACCCCGAGCUUACAUUCGUUAUCGCACAAUCUUUUGUCGCAGCAGACAAGCAUGUCACUGGCCCAGUAUGCUACAAUUUGAGAGUUGUAGAAUGCAGUCUUGCGGCAGCGUAUCUUCAUGCGGCUAUCAACAAAUCUAAAGACCCUCUUCCUGCGGAUUCCGGACCACUCGGUGUCUCGCUACACGGAUUCCAUAGCAAAUAUUUUGGUGAUUCAACCGCACCACUCGAAGAACAACUUUCCGAGCUUAUUGAAAUCACGAAGAAGACAUUCACAAAAGAAGAGGGGUACACCAGGGAGGAAAUUGCUUCUGUCAUAAAUAUGACUGUUCCCGAAUUGAACGAGCGUUUCACCUCUACCUUCCCCGUCCGCGCCGAGCAUUUCAAACUUCGACAAAGAACCCUUCACGUUUUCACAGAAGCUUUGAGAGUCUUAAAGUUUAUGAAAGUCCUCGAACAUCCCGAAUCUUAUCUUAAGGCUGACGGUGGUGAUUCCACUGAGACUUUCAACAGAAAACUUGGCGACCUAAUGAAUGAGACCCAAACCAGCUGCAGAGAAGACUUUGACUGUAGCUGUCCCGAAUUAGACGAACUCUGUGAAAUAGCAAAGAAAGCCGGAAGUUAUGGAAGUAGAUUGACUGGUGCGGGAUGGGGUGGUUGCUGUGUACAUUUGGUACCGGCGGAUAAGGUUGAUGCGGUUAGACAGGCUUGGGAUAGAGAAUAUUAUUCAAAGAAGGAUUUGACCAAAGAGCAGAGGGAGGCGGCAGUCGUAGUUAGCAAACCUGGUAGUGGAAGUGCAGUUUUUGUUGUUGAAGGUGGAAAUGUUGCUUAG